AUGGGCAAUAACGGCAGCGCCACCGUAGACGACCUGCAGGCCGUGGAGAUCCACCACUGGUACAAGAAGUUCAUGACGGAGUGUCCGUCGGGCCAGCUGACCGAGCACGAGUUCAAGCAGUUCUUUGGGCUGCGCGGGCUGGACCCGGAGGCCAACAGCUACAUCGAGCAGAUGUUCCGCACCUUUGACAUGAACAAGGACGGCCACAUCGACUUCAUGGAGUACGUGGCAGCCCUGAGCCUGGUCCUCCGGGGGAAGAUGGAGCAGAAGCUGCGCUGGUACUUCAAGCUCUAUGACGUGGAUGGCAACGGCUGCAUCGACCGGCACGAGCUGCUCAACAUCAUCAAGGCGAUCCGCGCCAUCAAUGGCUGUGAGCACGAGACCAGCGCUGAGGAGUUCACCAACCGUGUGUUUGACAGAAUCGACAUCAACGGCGACGGUGAACUGUCCCUGGAGGAGUUUGUGGAAGGGGCCAAGCUGGAUGAGGAGUUCAUGAGUGUGAUGAUGAACAGCCUGGACCUGACCCACAUCGUGGCCAUGAUCGACCAGCGGAGACACAGCAUCUAG